GAACCUUUUGUUUUCAAGAAAAAACUAUAGUUUUUGAAUUGGAAAAAAAAUAAAAUCUUUGAUCCAAAUUGUAGAAAAAUCCCUGUACUGCUGCAUCGUUGUAUCUUCACACUCCACAUACCCCCAAAACAAAUGGAUAAACCUAGGAUUGACGCGCGUAAAAUGCCCAUCUUUCUUUCCUUAGCAAACACAAACUCGCGCCAUCGGUUGUCUGUUUCAGGAUCACUUCAUGGGCUCUCUUCUUUCCCCUACUGCAACCACUUUUCAUCAAGAUUCUAUACCCAUUUUUUUCUCCCCAUCAAGAGACUCAAAACCCAUUUCACAAGGAGUUGUUUGGUCUACUUGGAGGAAAAAUUCAAUCAAAUGCAAUGCAUUUCUUGAUGACAUUUCAGCGAAUUUGAUGAAAAAGCCAAUUGAUUUGGACCAAUCAUUGUCCCAAUUCCCUCUUUUUCAGGAAUUACAGAGAGUAACUGGGGAAUUACCAGAAGUGCAGAAGUUGGGGAUUUUGGUUUUUGCUGGUUUUACUUGGAUUUAUUUGACUGCUAGGCCUGGAGUCUUGAUUGGGGCAGUUGAUGCAUAUAUUCUGGCACCUCUGCAAGUGGGAUUCGAUAGUUUGAUUGGAAGGAAGAAUUUGAAAAUGACCGAUUUCUUGAUUGGAGAUAAAUUAGGAGAAGGGUCAUUUGGUGUUGUUUAUUCUGGAGUAAUCAUCCCAAAGAACGUCAAUUUGAAUGAAACAGUACAGAAAAGAGGUAGGCGAAAAGCUUUGAGGAUUGACGAAAGGUUUAAAGAAAAGGUUAUUCUCAAGAAGGUUAAAAUUGGAGUUCAAGGUGCUAUAGAAUGUGGUGAUUUUGAAGAGUGGUUUAAUUACAGGCUGUCUAGAGCAGCCCCUGAGACGUGUGCAGAAUUUCUUGGAACCUUUAUAGCAGAUAAAACCAAUACACUAUUUACAAAGGGUGAGAAAUGGCUUGUCUGGAAAUUUGAGAGAAGCUUCACGUUGCAGGGUGAUCGUGACUUAGAUGAUUACAUGAAAGAUCGUGGAUUUCCUUUGAAUUUAGAGUCUGUCAUGUUUGGUCGUGUCUUACAAGGGAUAGAUUCUAUUGAACGCAAUGCGUUAAUUAUCAAACAAAUAAUGCGCCAGAUUAUUACUUCCCUCAAGAAAAUCCAUGACACGGGCAUAGUUCACCGAGAUGUAAAGCCAUCCAACUUGGUAGUCACCAAAAUGGGGAAAAUCAAACUCAUCGAUUUUGGGGCAGCUACAGACCUUCGAAUAGGUAAAAACUAUGUACCAAAUCGUGGAUUGCUCGAUCCUGAUUAUUGUCCUCCUGAACUGUUUGUAAUGCCUGAGAAAACUCCUAAACCACCACCAGAGCCAAUUGCUGCCCUUCUUUCUCCAAUAUUGUGGCAGCUUAACUGUCCCGAUCUUUUCGAUAUGUAUUCUGCUGGAAUUGUACUCCUUCAAAUGGCAAUACCAAACUUAAGGUCUACAGCAGGACUGAAAAACUUCAAUAUAGAAUUGAAGGGAGUUGGUUAUGACUUGAAUAGAUGGAGGGAGAAAACUCGGAUGAGGCCAGACCUCGGUAUUCUUGAUCUCGACUCUGGUAGAGGGUGGGAUUUGGUUACUAAACUUAUUUCAGAGAGAGGUUCACUGGGAAGGGGGCGUUUAUCUGCUGCAGCUGCUCUAAGGCAUCCAUAUUUCUUGUUAGGUGGUGAUCAAGCGGCAGCAGUUCUCUCGAAAUUGAGUUUAACUAAGUAAUGAGUUGCUGGGAAUAUACUAUAAAAAGGAAGGAGCAAAGGUUCUCAUCAUCUCGUACAAAUGUCUUGCUUGCCUCCAUCAGAAAUUGACUCUACUAGUUGUUUUUUGCAGGUGUGUGUAUAUAUAUAUAUAUAUAUGAACUUUGAAAAUAACGUAGCUGUGUGUUUCUCUCACAGGAAUACUUGAAGAUGACAAGAUCCUUUUGUUCAGCUUGGAGAUAAACUGAUAAUUAAUUGUUGUGGGCAGAUAUUUGUAACUUAAGAAAAUAUUGCUGCAAAUUUUCAUAAUUUUUGAACCUUUCAUCGAUCAACUUAAUUUUU